AUGCCACAACCCAGGCACCCAAUGCCACAACCCAGGCACCCAAUGCCACAACCCAGGCACCCAAAGCCACAACCCAGGCACCCAAUGCCACAACCCAGGUACCCAAUGCAUGCCAUAACCCAGGCACUCAAUGCCACAACCCAGGCACCCAAUGCCAUAACCCAGGCACCCAAUGCCACAACCCAGGCACCCAAUGGCACAACCCAGGCACCCAAUGCCACAACCCAGGCACCCAAUGCCACAACCCAGGCACCCAAUGCCACAACCCAGGCACCCAAUGCCAUAACCCAGGCACCCAAAGCCAUAACCCAGGCACCCAAUGCCACAACCCAGGCACCCAAUGCCACAACCCAGGCACCCAAUGCCACAACCCAGGCACCCAAUGCCAUAACCCAGGCACCCAAAGCCACAACCCAGGCACCCAAAGCCAUAACCCAGGCACCCAAUGCCAUAACCCAGGCACCCAAAGCCAUAACCCAGGCACCCAAUGCCAUAACCCAGGCACCCAAAGCCAUAACCCAGGCACCCAAUGCCAUAACCCAGGCACCCAAUGCCACAACCCAGGCACCCAAUGCCACAACCCAGGCACCCAAUGCCACAACCCAGGUACCCACUUCCAUAACCCAGGCACUUAAUGCCAUAACCCAACCACCCACUUCCAUAACCCAGGUACCCACUUCCAUAACCCAAGCACCCAAUGCCACAACCCAGGCACCCACUUCCUUCACCCAGGCACCCACUUCCUUCACCCAGGCACCCAAUGCCACAACCCAGGCACCCAAUGCCACAACCCAGGCAUGUUCCAGGUGUAAAAUUAUCAUCACGAUGAGUUUCCUUGCAGAUUACUUCCGCGAUUGUUUUUUCGAUUGUUACUUGACCCUAUGCCUGCACUGCAGCCUCAAUGCAAAGCCACUCAUGGAUUAUUGUUGA